AUGCUCUCAGCCCAAGCGCCCCUGCGGCCCAGCAGAGGCGUUGUCACCUUGGCCUCUCCGAGAUAUUCGAAGAUUGAGGCGAUCCUCCACAAGAGCCCAGUGGCGGAACGUUCACAGCUGAGCCCCAGGGCAGCUGAUGCUCAAGGCAUCGCAGCCCCAGCCCCGGUGGACCAGGAUUAUGCAGAGGGUGCUGAAGUGUGGAUGGGCAACCAUCGUUUCGUGUGUACCCACGCCUUGGGCCGCGGCUCGUACGGAGAGGUUUGGCGGGCCAAGGUGAUCUCUGGUGAGAAAGAUCUCAAGGAGGUGGCCCUCAAAGAAGUUCUCUGUCAAAGCCAAGGAGAGCUGCAACAGGCGAUCUUCGAGGUCCAAGUGCUGCUGGCCUUGGAGCGUGCUGCGCAGGUCCAGCAGGAGGGUAUCCAGCUGAGGGUGCCUAGAUGUAUUGCCUACAAGGUGGGUGCCUCUCCACAGGGCUGGAGAGUGCGAACGGCCAUGACGGUGGCUCCGGGCGAGUCCUUGGACUGCUUCAUCAGGCGCCCGGCGCCGGCCGGGUGCAGCUGUCUGAAGGCAUUGCGGAAGGCCUUGGUCUUGGUGGGGCGUCUCUUGCGGGACAUUGGCCCCUCCUUGCAGCUCUUAGGGCCCAUCGCCUGGCAUCGGGACGUGAACAGUCACAACAUCCUGGUGGAUGGGGCUCAACAUGACAGUCCUGAGCUUUGCGAGAGUGCCUCCUUCUGGCUCAUCGACUUUGGCUUGGCCGUGGACUCCCAAAGUUGGGUCUCGGAGACGGGGAAAUGGAGGACGGAGUACAUCGGUGGAGAUAGCCGUUACUGGCCACCGAGCAGCUGGAUUAUGCAUUUGGUGGGCCCAGAGGGCUUUGACCGGCGCCCGGACUUGUGCGAGCAGUACCAGCGGCGCUUAGACAUUCACGGCUUGGGCAUCACCGCCCUGGAGCUCCUCUGCAGCAUGACCAUGGCCUGCACUCCCGGCCACCAUGAGGAGGAGCUCAGACCCUGGCUGCCCAUUCUCGAAGCCUGGAAGUCCUACCGGGAGGCAGUCUGGCACUGGUGGUCAGUGGUUUAUGCGGUCUUCUCCACUGGUGGCGACCUGGGACCUGUACAGCAACAGCUGGUGGAGGAGCGGCUCAUUGAACGUCUCUUGGACUUGUUGUCCCGCAUCCGCAUGGCUUUGCGGCGCUGUGCCGAAGAGCUGCCGCAGGACAAGUCCCGAAAACUCCUGCGGAUGAUCGCAGACAUGUUAGACGAGGGGAAGACCUUCGAUCUCAGAGAGAUCCAAAGGCUUUUGGGCGGCCCGAUGAUCGACGCGAAGCCAAAGCCAAAGCGAUUUCACACCUCGCCGAGCAAUGGGCAUGUUUGCUCGCCGCUGAAGGCUGAGGUUGCCCUGCAGGCCAACCGCAUGCACAGUGCGCGGAUUUCCCACGAUGCUGAGCGGCGAGAGAAAUUGGAGACCAGCUUUCCUGGCCACCAGAGUCUGCUGCUGCGCAUGCAAAGCUUCAGUGCACAGCUGCGAGAGCGCAAAGUCCAGGAGGGGGCAACGGCACUGGAGCUGCAACUCCAACAGCUUCGGCGGAAGGUGGUCGGACAGGCUCGCCACCGUCUGCAGCACUUGGCCGCUGAACAUGUAAGGCGGAGUGAAACACAGCAAUGA